CAGUGAUGUCCCUCCCUUCACCCGUGCUCUGUUGCUCUUAGUCACUGUAGCAUUUGGUAGGCUACCUUACCGAGAAACAGUCGACGGGAUCUGGGCGGGACCGGAUCGCAUCGAGUGCUUGCACUUCAUAACUCUGAAACCUUCAUGAUCCACCUGGACGAGCGCUUGGCUGCUCAGACGUGACUAUGAGGACAGAGACAGGGCCUGAGACUGAGGUGCCACCCCAACAUAAGGGUACUGAAUUUACCAUUCCAGAGUCAGCCUCACAUGGUAAAAUGGCGAAACAGGAUGUCAAGCCUCAUGAUGAUUCCAGAGAUGUAGAAGAUGCAUCAGAGAGAACAACAUCCGACAAGAGCCCCAGAUCCACUCAGAAAGGCUCCAAACAUUCUAAGACCAUUCCCUUUAAAGUCACUCUUUUGGACAGCUCUGUUUAUGAAGAGAACAUUGAGAAACAGUGUAAAGGGCAAGUUCUCCUGGAUCGUGUGUCUGAACAUCUAAACUUGUUGGAGAAGGACUAUUUCGGCUUGACCUUCACUGAUUCUGACAGCCAAAAGAACUGGUUGGACCUCUCCAAAGAGAUCAUGAAACAGAUGAGAACAUCUUCUUGGCAUUUUUUUUUUGCCGUCAAGUUCUAUCCACCGGACCCCUCCCAGCUAAUUGAAGACAUUACCAGGUACUACUUGUGUUUGCAGCUGCGAAAUGACAUCCUCUCUGGCCGUCUACCCUGUUCCUUUGUCACACAUGCUCUGCUGGGAUCCUACACCGUGCAGGCAGAACUGGGAGACUUUGACCAAGAUGACCAUGGCUCUGACUAUGUCAGUGACUUUCGCUUCGCCCCCAACCAAACACGUGAACUGGAGGAGAGGGUGAUGGAGCUACACAGAACUUACAGGGGGAUGAUGCCUGCUGAGGCGGAAAUGAACUUCUUGGAAAAUGCUAAGAAACUCUCCAUGUACGGGGUUGACCUGCAUCAUGCUAAGGAUUCAGAAGGGAUUGAUAUCUUGCUGGGCGUGUGCUCCAAUGGUCUAUUAAUUUACCGUGACAGACUGAGAAUCAAUCGCUUUGCCUGGCCAAAGAUCCUCAAGAUCUCCUACAAAAGAAGCAACUUCUACAUCAAGAUCCGCCCUGGAGAGUACGAGCAAUUCGAGAGCACCAUUGGCUUCAAGCUUCCCAACCACAGAGCUGCCAAGAGGCUAUGGAAGGUCUGCAUUGAACAUCACACCUUUUUCAGGCUAGUGUCUCCUGAGCCGCCACCAAAGGGCUUUCUGGUAAUGGGUUCAAAGUUCAGAUACAGCGGAAGGACCCAGGCCCAGACACGGCAGGCCAGUGCUCUAAUCGAUCGGCCUGCUCCCCACUUUGAGCGGUCCACUAGCAAGAGAUACCUUCUUUCUCGCAGUCUAGACAGAGAAUUUUCUCAACCGGUGUCCACGCUGGGUGAAACUCAUGAUUCUCUGCAUCAGAAGAGUGAGAGUGAGCAGUCGCAGUUUAUUUCUGGAGAUGAAGCUGAUCCUGACCUCAGUCUGGAUCAAGACCAGGAGCAGGAACAAGAGAAAGACCAUAGCAACAGUGAAGAAACUGUUACAACCCCUACAAGAAAAAAGGACAUUAAGGACUCAAGCCCUCUACACAAGCAGGAGUUUCUAGACAAAUCAGAAGAUGUUCUUUUGAAGCACCAAGCCAGCAUCAAUGAGCUAAAGAGGGCCCUGAGGGAGUCUAACAGUAAACUGAUGAACCGAGAAAAGCGUCUGUCAGGAAUGUCCCCAGGCAGCACUCCAGAGAAGAAGGCAAUCAUGUAUGGUCGAUGCUCUUUUUUUUUUCUGUUGGUCUUGGACCUGGCCAUCUGUCAGGAGGCUGUUGGUGCAGAGGGCUCUGGGGAAUGGGUGUUGAUCGACUAUGAAAUGGAGGAGAAAGGAAAGUACAAAGCUAGUACACCUCAACCUCCUCUGGUCAUUAAUCCCCUUCCAAAGAAAAAUGAGACAGAAAAACAACAGGAAAUUAACAAGAUGAUACACAUUGAGCUAAAUAGAGAUGACAGUGAUGAAACACAACUGCAGAUGGAGACUUUCGCAACCUCAAAAAUAUCAUCAAUGGAAAAGUCACGCGAGUCUAAGGAAAAUAUUAAUACAAAAGAAGAUGCCACAACUAAGAUUAAAUCUAAAUUGUCUCAUGAUACAUCAGAAAGAGAGCCUACACAACCUGCUGAGUCUAGACCUAAGAACAAGAAGACCGCAAUGCUGGAUGUCAUGGAGGAGCGUUCUCAACAUGAAGUCAGAAGAGAGAAAAGACCUCAAAGUUUAAACUUGGGGAAGUCGAGGGACUUUGUGUAUGAGACAGAAGCCAAAAGUUCAAACAUCACACACAAUAGUGUAGAGUCUGAUGAGGACAACAAUACUGAACUUAUAGAGGAGAUUGUGGUCUGUCAUCCUGAAGAUUUCAGCAUAACAACAAACACAUGGUCUUCAUCUAUAGCUGAAAAGCUAAAUCAGCCAGCCACAAAUACAUAUGCUGAAACACUGCUUGAAGAAAAAGCAGAAUUUCACAGAGUUACGGAAAAAGACUUUCAGAUUCCUAAUCAGAGAGCAGCAAGAUCUGAUAUUGCAAGAACAUUUACAGAAGGUCAAGAGAAGUUAUCCACCGAAGUAAAGAUUAUGAACACUGAAGACAAACAAGAAAACCAAGAUUCAGUCAAUGGCCCUGGCAAAGAUGAGCUGAAAAUUAUGAGCUUUAAAAGAUACAGUAUAAAUGAAUCUUUUGUGAGACACUUUGACCCCUGUACGUUCAAGAACAGAGACACUAGCUAUUCCCAUGCAAACUCUACCACAAGUUCAGUAAAAGCUAAUACAAGUCAGGAGGAAUCAUCUUUGGCUUUUAUGGACAUUUAUAAGUGCUCUAAACAACAAGCAUUAAGGGGUUUUGAGAGUUCACCACAAGAAAGGAGUAUACAGAAUGAAGACAUUACAAAACAUACCAGCAGAACAGUCCAUAGAGAUCUUCUGUGCACUGAUGAGGGAAUUUCAGAUGUCCAACUUCAUUUCAGCAGGGCCCCAGUCAAUCAAAAAAAUGCCCCUCCAAUGCCUCCUGUCAAAACAAAGAAAGCAAGAGAAUCAGGUCUCUUUCUGCGCAAUAGCCACAAUUUCAGCAAAGACCUGACUGUUGAAUCUGACAGUAAGAACCUUCUGGAGCCCAUUACUUCUACUCUUGAAGACCCACAAUGUGAUGUUAAGCAGCAGCCUCAGUCUGCCCUGGAGGAAGACUAUAAUCAUGAGCUAGCUGGAUUGAAGGACAUCUACCCAGCCAUCGAGAGGAAAUGUUCAAGUAUGACUGUCAGCCCCACCUCAAGCCUGGAAGCUGAGGUGGAUUUCACUGCCAAUAUGGACUUACACAGUGGCAUGGAGGAGUUUUCUAAAGGCAUGGCUAAGCUGGUCGAAGACAACAAAGUUCAGCGGGGCAGGGAUAGUUUUGACGAGACUCCCUGCAGGUCUCAAUCCACUCGUCACAUAAAUUUGCGAGAUGUAUCACCUGGAAGAGAAUGUUUCCUUGAAGGUCAUGCUUAUCAAGCUAUAGCACCUCCCCCUGUUUCCAAGAAAGACCCCAGUGCAGUGAGUGCAGCACAGAUGUUGCGAAAAGGGGACUUUAAAAUGGAACUGCAUUCUAAUAGUUCUGAUGUUCCUGUCGAAUACAUCUCUGAUCAUUUGUGGAAUCCAACCAGUCAACCAUCUGGGACAGUAAAAGUGGGUUAUGCAGAGACCAGGAUUGAAAAAAGGAUCAUUAUAACAGGAGAUGAUGAUGUGGAUCAGCAUCAGGCUCUCGCCAUGGCAAUACAGGAGGCCAAACAACAGCACCCUGAUAUGCUGGUGACUAAGGCCAUAGUGGUCAGGGAAACAGACUCUUCGUCUGACGAGAAACAUCAAACAUAUGAGUCUUGAUCACUAGAGGGUGCUGUUUGGAACAUGGACAGAAGAUCAGCUCUGAUUCAGAUAUAUAUAUAUAUACAGAAACAAUGUUCUGUACCAUAGAGAUUACUUUCACCAUAUCAACAGUAAUCUAAGUCAUAUGCAGUCUUGUAUCUAUGUCAACAUUAAAUUUUUUUGAAAAAAUACUUAAAAUGUUGGAAAGAAUCACUUCAUGCUGUCACAUAUGCAUUUAAUUCAGUUUAGUUCCUAGAAUUACCUUUUUUGAGCUAACAGCUUUUUAUGGACUCUCUGUUCAAAAAACAUUUUUCCUGGAGAUUUGGGCUUCCAUUUAGAAUUCAUGCAUGACUUUCUAGGAUUCACCUGAAAGAGUAUAAAGCCCAGGAUACACUGCAUGAUUUUAGCAAUCCUAUAAGAUCAUUACAAAUCACACUGUGCGACAUGGAUCUAUUAAACUUGGGUACGACAUGCAUGUAGACUGUACGAUGAUGCUUUAUUUGACUCGUAGGCUACGAUGCAAGUUUCUAUAGAAGAAACAACGUCAUCAGCAUGCGCUAGUGGUAAACAAAAAGAUCAUGUUGAAUCACACUUUGGCAGUUGUAGUUUUUAUGUGUGCUGAAAAUAAAAAGGAAGCGGCGAAAGAAGAAGGGAAAAGAGCUUGAGGUAAGCAGUUUUAAGUUUUAGCACCAUGUCGCAUUUUUAUUGGCUGGUCAGUAGACGUAGGUCGUAGCAGUGUAAGGACCCCCCCAUCAGCCCAAAAACGGAAUCCGAUGGCCCGAGCGAAGGUUAACGCGUGUAUGCCUUUUCAGCGCCUCUGUUAAGUUCACUUAAUUUCACUCAUUUAAUCUGACUCCAAUUUCAAAUUAUUUACUCUUAGGUUGUGUUUCCAAUCAGAAAUUAAUCCUUGGUUAUGCAUUAAUUUAGAUUUUUGAUUAUUCUGAUUACCUUAUAUCUUCAAUUAUUCGUUCACUGCGGUCCCGGUAUCGCUUUAGAAAAGUCACGUCGGCCAACUGAGUGCUCUUCCCGGACACAAACUCGUCAGUCCUGACCUUAAACAUUGGAUGCAGGGUAAAUAUUUACCUUUAAGUCGGUCACGCUCUGCUUACUCGUAACAAAAAGCAUAGUUUUUAUAUAUUUACGAAAACUGCAACUUAUUUAAGGCAGUGAUAGUCAGAAAUCGAAAUGGACUUAAUUGAUGUGCCCUAUGCUCCAUCUAUUAAACCUUCCGUAUGAUCAAUCCUGAACAUAGAUUUGCGGUAAUACCUUCGCUUUAAUCUACUAGAAAUAACGAAUUAAGAAUAAUACAGAAUAAACCAAAUAUAACAUUUUAUUUGUCAAGUAAAAAUGUAUUAUGCCAAUUACAUUACAGUUAGACAAUUAGAAGCCAAUUCAGAAAUAAUAAAUGCAUAACAUCAAUUAUUCAAAGAAAUGCAUAUACACACAGUGAUGUGUGAAUGUCUUCAGACAUUCGCCCACCUCUGUAUAGGGGCUUCUGGCUACAGAAGAUCCCACAUGACUGCUUUGCAGUUUGUGUUAAUAAAUGCUUUAUUAAUACAUAUGUGUGAGGUGAGAAGUUUUGGGCAAGGCGGUGUAGAUCUUCUCUCCAGAUGAGUUUUCUUGCUUUAUUGUAGGGAGCUUGAUCUCAGUUUUUGUCUUAGCAGGAAAAUCAAGUCUUACAGCAGCAAACACACUGUGCGAUGAUCAUGCUGAAUUUCUGACACUAUCAUAGGCUAUCUUUGGUCUCAAGACCGGGAAAACGGCCGUCUUUGAACAUAGGACCACUGAUUAAGAGCCACAAUCACAGAAAUCGCCACGAUUGUUUCACGAUGGCAAUCUUUCGUCUGGGACAGCCAAAAAUCAUGCAGUGUAUCCCAGGCUUAAGGAUGGACAGACAGAGAAGCUAUGUAUCCUUGCUGGACUGGUAGUUUGGCCAUCAGUCAGCUCCUCUAAGAUGUUUUAAAAUUUGAUCAAGUGUUUGCUUGUUAAUUAUGAGUUGUUGAUCAGUUUGAUUAUCACAUGCAUAUGCACAAACUUAAAAUCAGUUUUGGAUGUUGAAGCAUAGCAUUUUAGAAGAUUCACAUAUCAACCCACACCUGACCAGUUGUUAAGGGUAUUGACAAAGCAGUCUAUACAUGCCAUAAUAAUCAACAAAUGUCCACCAAAUUGAAAUACAUGUGGCAUUUUGCUUUGCGGCCAAGGUGUAUCAAGGAUUAUACCAAAACCUGUCAAUUUCCUUGCUUUCUUCAAGCUUCUCUUGGUCUCCCGUGUGUUCAACCUGAACCCAGCUCCAUUCUAAAAGCUAGUGAGUUGCCUAUAAGGUUUAAUUUAAAAAAAAAAAAAAAAAAAGGCUUCAUAACCGGACACAAAGGCUGUUCCAAAAAAUAAUUAUAUUGCUGUCUUAGAAAUUUUGUUGUCUGAAUUCUAAGCAAUCCUUUACAGAGAAGGCAAUCCCAUAAUACAUUUAUUUAAAAAAAAAAAAAAAAAAACAAAAAAAAAAAAAAAAAAAACAAAAAAAAAAACAA